AGAUGUGGGAAAUACAACACCAGCACUAUCUAUUGAGGAAGUUGAGCAUGCAUUGAGUACGAGAUCCUCCGUUAGACGACUAAACCGGUCUCCAUCUAUUAUUAGUAGAAGGAGUCAAAGACAUUUACCAUAUCCCGCUUCACCCCAUAAUAACACUAAUAUAAACAACCCUGGUAUGAGAAAUUCUGAGCAAAAUAUUAGCGUCCCACCGCCUCCAAUUGAAACAUUAUCUCCUCAACCACCACCUUACUCACGGGCCACAGAUGAAGCACAAAAUAAUAAUCAGAGCCAAGACAGUUCUAACCACAAAUAUUUAUUAUGUGUCAUACUAUUAUAUGAUUUAACGGUCCCACGGGUCCGCUUUUCUGCGAUCACUUAA